CGACCAACCCAAACAGGAAGAACCGCUGUUUCCUUUCUGAGGAACAGAAACUUCCUCUCUUCUCCAGUAAAUGCUGCAUUUCCUUCUGCAUUUCCCUCUGAAAAGGUGGAGUGUCACCCGCUGCCCUCUGGUGCCCCCUGCAGGACAUGGAGCUACUGCAGUCCCAGCAGGACCAACUGAGCCUGUGGCUUUCAGCAGAUUCUGCUCACAUCCUCAAUGAGUGCGGAGAUAUUUUAAGUGUAAAUGAAUAUAAACAGAUAGCAGAGCAGCCGAAGGGGGAGCAGAUGAGCCACCUGCUGAAAGUGAUCAUUAGUAAAGGACCAAACAGCUGUGAGGCGUUCAUGGACAUCCUGAGGAGGAAUCAGGGUUGGAACCAUCAGCUCCAGCAGUUCUUCAGAUCAUCCUCUGACGAUUCGGCUGUUGCAUCGAUAUUUGCUGAUGAAAACAGCGUUGUGACCUGCAGAACACUCCGUAAUGUAAAUACAAAAUCUCUCACAUGUAACGUGGAAACAGUGAGCAGCACAAGAGGAAAUUCAUCUGGUAAUUCUGCAUCAGGCGCUCAUUAUACUGCAACAGAUGGGAGCGUCAUCAUUGCUGACAGGAUAGACGGAGUCAAAGCUGAGAACAUAAACUUCUCUGUGAACAUCAGACCAUCCCAGGUCCCCUCAGCUCCAGCAGGAACCGCUGACCAUCUCUACCAGCACCCUGCUGAAAAGACGAUCAGAGAGAAGAAGGUGAAGCUGAUCGAAUGCCUGAUGGGCGAUCACAGCUACGUCCUGCAGCUCGUCCACCAGAAAUCCAUCGUCUCACAGAGAGAAUACCAGAACCUGAAGUUUUCCUCCAGCCCACAGGAAACCAUCACCGGGCUUCUGGACCUGGUUCUCAACAAAGGGCCGCAGAAAUGUGGAGACUUCCUUCAGCUUCUCACAGAUCCUGGAGUUCUAGACACAUUUCCACCAGUCAGGGACAUUUUAGAGAUCGAAAAUUAAUGUGUGAAAUAUUAUUUUCUGUUGGUGCUCUAAUUUCAGAGACGGGAUCUAAUCAUCAUUAGGAUGAAUAAUUGUUGAAUCCAAACACCACCUGGGUAAAAUUAACCCUGUAAUAUUAUUUAAAAUAAUCAUUUUAACAGCAGAACUCAUUUUUCAUUUAGUGCCUUUAGCUAAUUUUGAAAAACAGCAGUGAGCACACUUCUGAAUUUUAAUGUUUUUAAUUGAGAAUUAACGACUAAAUAUUAUUUAAAGGCUUCCACAUGAAAUAUUUUAAAUUGUUUACAUUUUAAAUGUAAGAUUUAGGUCAAUGUGUGUGAUACUCAUUUUUAUUUUGAGUCAGUUGUGGAAAAAUGUAUAAAUAAAAGUUUGUAUUCAUUAAAUUAUAAAUAUUUUUACAAUUGUUUUUGUAAUUUGCAGUCAAAAUCAUAGAUUUUGU